AUGGAUUUCUCUGCCCUCCGUGUAGUGCACGAUCAUGAUUCAGCAAUGAUGAUACCGGGCUUCCUACAUUAUUGGAAACCAAACAUCGAAAUCCUUGCCGUCUCUGGUAUGGCACUCCGUCCUAUGUCAGCAGCGGUAUUAAUUGUUAACAGCCAUGCGCCGACUGCAAAAUAUAUGCAAGACCACGUUGGUGACCAGCGUGCGUGUCCUCGUCUGCAACACGGCGACUUCAGCGAAGUCAGCAAGGGCUUCGACGGGUGGCGAACAGCUGGUGGUUGGAGACUUGAAAAGCUAUUCCUCGUGAUGGAGGCAGACGAUGGCAAACAUCUCGAUUGGCAAUAUUUGCAACCGAUGCUGAACAAAAUACAUUUCCCGCGUCUACGUUCGAUAAACAUCAUCCAAGUAGGAGGUCGUAAAGUCAGUCUGCCAGAACUACCAUGGGUAACUGAUUCGACAACCCUUUCGAUACGGUUCAUUGAUCGUCAGAAUACUCCUCAAUUUUACGCAAGAUACUUACCAGCCAGCUACAUUUAA